CCAGACCCCUCCCUCCCCCCGCGCGCACCGGGACCAGCGCCAGAGCCGGACCAAGACCAGGACCAAGACCCGGACUAAAGCAGGACUAAACCCGGACUAAAACACGACUGAGGCCCAGAGCGGGACUCGGGACAGCUCGGGACAGUUCGGAAGCGCUCGGGAUGUCUCGGCUCCUGGAGAAGAAAGCGGACAAGAUGAAGGAGAAUAACGCGAAGGAAACGAGGAAGGAAGCGGCGGGGGAGGGGCUAGGACCCGAGCGAGGAGACAAAUGGACGAGGAGACAAGGAGAGAGGAGACAGGGAAAAAGGAGAGAGGAGACACGGACAGAGGAGACAAGGAGAGAGGAGACAAGGAGAAGGAGAGAGGAGACACGGACAGAGGAGACAAGGAGAGAGGAGACAAGAACAGAGGAGACAAGGAGAGAGGAGACAAGGACAGAGGAGACAAGGAGAGAGGAGACAAGGAAAGAGGAGACAAGGAAGGAGACACAACAGUCGCCUAAAGUGAUCAGAUGUCGGGGGGCGUCGCCUCCUUUGUCUGAGGAACCAUGUUCUCAUUUGUGUUUUUUAGGAUGUAACGUGACAAUCCACAACCGCUGCAGAGACAGUCUGCCCUGCUGCACCAAGAUGAAGCAGAAGCAGACAAAGUUGACGUUGUCUAGGAACAGUUCAGCUCUUCAGACCGUCUCCAUGAGAACCAAAAGUCAGAUGUUGAAGGAGCGUCCGGCGUCUGCGAUUUACCCGUCUGACCUGAGGUUGUCCAAGCGCGUGCGCUCGGGUCUGUCUCUGUCCAAGAGCGUCUCCACCAACAACAUCGCCGGGGCCGGGGACGAGGCCGUGGGGCUGCGCAGGAUUCUUUCUCAGUCUUCAGAGUCUCUAAACUUCAGGAGCAGAACUUUGUCCAUGGAGAGUCUCACAGAUGAAGGGGAGCAGUGGUGGAGCCCUCUGCUGGAGGACCUUCAGAAGGACACUGCAGGGCUGCACUUGGACAGUUGGUCGUGCGUCGUUGAGCCAAGUUUCCUCCAAACGCAGCACAAGGACGUGAUCAAACAGCAGGACGUCAUCUACGAGCUGAUGCAGACAGAGCUUCAUCACGUUCGGACCCUCAGGAUCAUGGAGAUCUUCAGGAGGGGGUUCCUGGAGGAGGUGCAGCUGGAGCCUGGUCUGGUUCACUCCGUGUUUCCGGUUCUGGAUCAGCUUCUGGAGCUUCACGCUCCGUUUCUCCAGGAGCUUCUGCAGAAACGAGAGGAAGGUCUCCAGGAAGGAAGCACCAAGAACUACACUGUGAAGAGGCUGGGAGACCUGCUCGUCAAACAGUUUUCAGGCCCAAACGCAGAGGAGCUGAAGAAAGUCUACUCAGAAUUCUGCAGCCGUCACCCCAAAGCCGUGCAGCUGUACAAAGAGGUGUUAGCGCGCGACCGCCGCCUGCAGCAGUUUGUCCGGCGUGUGAGCCGCGGGCCGCUGCUGCGUCGUCACGGCGUCCAAGAGUGCAUCCUCCUGGUCACGCAGAGAAUCACCAAAUACCCCGUCCUCCUGCAGAGGAUCCUGGACUGCACUAAAGGAGACCCUGAGGAGUCUGUGGUCCUGUCCCGGGCGCUGAAGCUGUUGAAGGAGGUGCUGGGCUGUGUGGACAGGGAGGUGCUGGAGCUGGAGCGGACGCGGCGUCUCCAGGAGGUGCAGAGCCGUUUGGAUCCUCGCGCCGAGGCCCGGGUCCGAGGAGGCACGUUCCGAUCGGGAGAGCUGCACCGCCGCCGUCUCCUCCACGAGGGGGCGCUGCUCUGGAGGCUCCAGGGCUCCCGCAUGAAGGACGUGCGUGUGCUACUCAUGAACGAUGUGCUGGUUUUUCUUCAGGACAAAGACCAAAAGUUCACCUUCGCAUCUCUCGAUAAAUCCCCCGUGGUUUCUCUCACCGGACUCAUCGUUCGGGACAUAGCGAAUCAGGAGAAGGGUUUGUAUCUGAUCAGUGACUGUACGCCUCCUGAGAUGUACGAGCUCCACACCAGCUCCAAAGAAGAACGCAAGACCUGGAUCAACAAGAUCCACCAGGCUGUGCUCAGUUGUCCAUCUCGAGCUGAGUUUCCGUUGAUUGAGACCGAAGACAAGGCUCUGCAGCGGCGCCUGCGAGCGGAGAUCCAGCAGAAGGAUCGUGAGGUUCUGGAGCUGCUUCAGGAGAGACUAACGCUGUUCUCAGACCUGGUCCAGGCCACAAGUCUGGACCCAGAUCCAGAGAGACCCAAGACGGACUUCAGUCGUCGCCUUUUCCGCUCUGACUCAGGCCCCGCCCCCCAGGCCGAGCCACUGCUCCACGGCGCCAUCUGUGAAGUGGAGAAGCUCAGCGAGCUCCUGAUGGACUGUAAGAUCCAGAGGAACGCAGACGCUCAACCAAUCAACGAGUCGGCGCCAAACGGCUGUGUCCAGAUGAACGGCGGCUCCUCGAAGGACAAAAAUGGAAACCAGCUCCAAGAAUUGACCCUGACCCAGGAGGUGUGUCGGCGACUGGUGACUCUCAGUUCGCAGCUCCACGCGCUGCAGGCUGCUGUUAUUCGUCAGGAUUCACUCCUGGAGUUGUCCAUCAAGUUAGGACCCGCCCCCCUGAGCGGGGGAGCGGGGCAGGACGGGGAGGCGGGACUUCUGCGCCGCCAGGUGACUCUUCUACAACAGGAAGUGACACGGCUGCACGCUCUCGUCCCAUUGGCAGAGCUGAGGCGCCAUGCUCGCGCUCCAUUGGCCGAUCAGGAAGAGGAUGCUGUGGACGGGGCCAAUGAGAAUGCAUCUCAGCGAUCAGACAGCCCCCGAGAUCUGCAGGACAUUCCAGAGGAGAGCGAGACCUGACACACCUGAGGUCACAUGACCACACCUCAGGUCACAUGAAAAGACCUGAGGUCACAUGCCUCUUUUCUUCUUUUUCACUGGUGACUUUUAAGAUGAAGCUGCUGUGGAGCACCUCUGGAAGUUCUGAUGAACAUUGAGAAACCAAAACUGGACCUGGUCUCAACCUUGACCUGGUCUCAACCUGGACUUAAGAAAACCUGAGGACUCUGGCGGGACCGAAGGGUGGGGGGAGGGGCAUGGUUUUACUGAUCACAUGAGUCACAUGAUCUGAGCCCAGCGCCUCCUAACUGAAGUGACGUUCCCAAGAUGAACGCAGCAAAAAUAUAAACAUGGGUUUUAAUGUUUGUAUGUUUUGGAUUGUUUAAAUUAAAUGUUUAAAUGCAAAUAUUGAAAUUAAUUGUAAAUUUAACACCAGGAUGAAGGUGGUUCAUCAGAGCUGGUGUAACCAUGGCAACUGAAACAAUGAAGGACCAGACCGCAGGCCGACUGAAAACUUGAACUUGCGAAUUAAACAUUUAGUUUAGUUUAGUACUUCCAGUGGAAAUGUUCCGUUUGUGCUGUAAAAGCUUUGGGGUAGGGUUAGCAAAAGCUUUUAUAUUUAAAACACUUCUAUGUACAGUAUGUGUGUAUUUAAAGGGUUCUUUACAUUUCUGAGCUGUAGCAGAGACUAAACCAACAUUUCAUUUAUGAAUCUGGUGAUUCCUUUGGGACUGAGCUGGAGAUGACCUGGACCUAAUUGUAACCCUGAAGAUGAGUCUGACCCUGCAGAUGCUGGAGCUUAAGCUUUUUGUUAAAGUGAAACACGAAGAACAUUUCAGAAAAAAUUGAAGGCUGUUUAUCUUUAAACUCUGCUGUAAAACUGAAAGCUGCGCACGAGAGAACAGUGCACGUGAGGACAGUGCAUGUGACAGCCGUGCACGUGGAAAGACUCUUGCAUGUGCUUUUGUUUAGUGCUUUCAUUUAUGGUGCUGUUUUAGAGUAGAACUGAUCAUGUGACAUAUUUUAUAAAGUUAUUCAAAUUAAAAUGUUUUUAUACAAAAAUUAAA